AUGGUUCGCUUGUUUGAGAAAAUCAAGGGAGCUGCUAGGCGAAAGGGAAAGGCUCCGGAAAAUAAUCGGCCUUGUUCAUUUCCUUUCCAUGUGCUCCAACAAGCAACAAACAAUUUUGACAAGGAACUCGUCAUUGGAGUUGGAGGUUUUGGAGACGUUUACAUGGGAGUGUUAAAGUGUGGUACCAAGGUUGCCGUGAAACGGAAGAAGAUGGCAUCUUGGCAAGGUCAGAAGGAGUUCCGAGCGGAGAUUGAACUGUUAGCAAGUCUGAAAGACCCCAAUUUGGUUGAUCUGAUUGGGUACUGUGAUGAAGAGAAUGAAAUGAUCUUGGUUUACGAAUACAUGGAAAAUGGGACUCUAAAGAGCCAUCUCUAUGGCUCUGAUAAACCCUCCCUCAAUUGGCCGGAGCGGCUGGAGGCUUGUGUGGGAGCAGCGAGGGGACUGCACUAUCUUCAUACUAGUUCUGAGAAGGGCAUUAUCCACCGUGACGUCAAGUCUGAAAACAUCUUGCUUGGUGAGAACCUCUGUGCCAAGAUUGCUGACUUUGGGCUAUCCAAGGAUGGUCCUGAGUUGAACGAAACUCAUGUCAUCACUCAAGUGAAGGGCACCCCUGGAUAUGUUGACCCUGAAUACUCUCAUACGAUGCAGCUGACCCAGAAGUCUGAUGUCUACUCUUUCGGUGUUGUCUUGCUCGAGGUCCUAUGUGGCAGACCAGCGUUUGACCCUAAACUUCCCAAGGACGAGGUUAACUUGGCAUGGUGGGUAACGGGAAUGCUGAAGAAUGACCAGCUGGAGCAAAUCGUUGAUCAGAAAAUUGUAGGCACAAUCAGCCCACAUUCUCUGAUGAUAUUUUGCAACAUUGUGUUGAUGUGCCUGGCAGAAAAUAGAGUGGAGCGGCCAUCGAUGGAAGAGGUACUCAGGGACCUGGAGCAGGAGCUGGAGUACGUUCAUGGCAGCAUCAGUAGUGCAGGUUUAUCUGCUGAAAGUUCAGAUGAUGAGUCUUAUCAUGACGAUGCCUCUUCUCGGCUAGUCAGGCCUGGCGAAGGUAAAGUUUUGACACGAUCUCUAGCUAUUAAGGCUUACAAGAGAGCUUCAAACAUGCCUCAUGAUUCCUCUACCCCGUCGACGAGCCGGCCAGUGGCCCGGGCGUAUCAAGUCCCGGGUGGCAACAACAUGAACGGCUUUCUCGAGCUCCAUAGCAUCCAAGAGAGCAUCAGUGAAGCUGGAAACUCGCAUGACUCUGAUCGUGACUUCACUUCUCAGCCAAUCAGGCAAAGGGGAGGCAAAACUUUGAGACGAUCUCUAGGUAAAGCUUACGUGAGAGAUGAUGAUCUGUAA